CGACUCAAUUUAUCGCAUGUCCUUCGAUUUGGAGCCACUGGAACGUGCCAUUUGGGCUGCACCGCCCGAACAGAUCGGCAUUUGUCAGGUAAAAGGCCAGUCGGAGCGUUUGUGUCGCAACUAUGUGCGCGUACUGCAGAGCUAUGGUGAGAAUCAGUUGUACGCGUGUGGGACGAACGCCUUUCAGCCGCAAUGUUCAUGGCGCCAGAUGGAGAACCUUACUAUUGUGGCCUAUGAUAAUGGUGUGGGAAAGUGUCCCUUCAAUCCGCAUUCAAGCAUAACGAGUCUAAUGUCCAGCACUGAUAAGAUGUUUGUGGGCACAGCGACCGACUUCUCAGGUGGCGAUGCGGCGAUUUUGCGCACCGAGGUGCAGCCAAAGAAAAUUUUUGGCUAUCGACAUAUUGUACGUACUCAACAAUACAACAACAACUGGUUGAAUAAUCCGCAUUUCGUGGGCAGCUUCGAGGCUGGCAAUUUCGUUUAUUUCCUAUUCCGUGAGCCGGCUGUGGAGUAUAGCAAUUGGGGCAAGAUCAUCUAUUCGCGCAUUGUGCGGGUUUGCAAAAAUGACGUUGGUGGCGACCACAUUUUGAAAAACAGUUGGACUUCGUUCGUUAAGGCGCGCCUGAAUUGCUCACUACCCGGCGAGUAUCCGUUUUAUUUCGAUGAGAUACAAGGCAUGACCUAUUCGGCGGAUGAGGAUGUUCUCCAUGCGACUUUUACUACACCAGAAAAUAGCAUUCACGGUUCAGCGAUAUGUUCAUACAAUCUCUCGGCAAUAAAUGCCGCCUUCGAUGGCCCGUUCCGCUAUCAAGACUCUGCCGAUUCCGACUGGCGCAUUGUAGAUAUGCCUCAUCGUAGCCAGUUCCAAUGCGAAACACCCUCCCCAGAUAUGCGCUACAAGCGUCUACUCGAGUCAUCUAAAUUCCAACUUAUGGCCCAAGCCGUACAACCAAUGACCGAGCAACCUCUAUACUACUCCAAACUGGAACGUUUCCAUCAUAUAGCUUUGGAUACAUUACAAACAAAAACCGAAAAGGUCCAUGUCUUGUUCGUGUCCACCGAUGACAAGCGCAUCAAGAAACUUUCCGUCAAACAUCAGAUAGAAGAGCGUCGAGCGCAAACGUGCUUAGUUGAGGUGUGGCAGUCGGCGGAGUAUAGUGGUGCUGAUGGUGAAAUUUUAAAAAUGGAGUACCUCAAGGUAACUGAGUCGCUGUAUCUCGGCACUGAGCAGUCACUAGUGCGUAUACCGGCGCAGCGUUGUAGUCGGCAUGUAUCGCAGAGCAGUUGCUUGAACGCUAUGGAUCCGUAUUGCGGUUGGAAUGAGCUGAUCGAGCGUUGCACGCCCCAAGAAUUGGUGCUGCAAUUAAAUAAAUUCUGGCUACAACCCGACACCUUACAGUGUCCCAUCUUGAAUGCACCCAUCGAUGGCGCCUGGUCCACCUGGUCGGAGUGGUAUAAAUGCAAGAAACAUGGUGAUGAUGAUGGCAACUGCAUGUGCCGCACACGUGAAUGCAACAAUCCGCAACCGCAAAAUGGCGGACGCUCUUGCGAUGGUAUAACAACGGAAGUGACGAAUUGCACCGUACAUGGUGAUUGGACAAACUGGUCGGAGUGGUCUGCAUGUUCGCAGUCCUGUGGCAUUGCGGUGAAGACGCGGCGGCGAACGUGUGGCAAUCCGAAGCCAGCGCAUGGCGGUCGCACUUGUGUAGGGGACGAUCAUCAAGAGAUGUACUGCCGUCAUUUGCCACCUUGCCCCACGCCCAAAUUGCAAGCAAUCGAUGGUGGUUGGGGUCCCUGGGGAGUGUGGAGCGAAUGCAGCGCGAAUUGUGGCGGCGGUUUUCGCAUACGUCGCCGUGAAUGUAACGAUCCGGCGCCACAGAACGACGGCCAGGAAUGUCCUGGCUGUGCCAUCGACUACGAAGUGUGUAAUGUGCACGCCUGUCCCGAAGUGAAGAAACUGAGCUCCUGGACGCCCUGGUUGGUAGACUACAAUGACAGCCGUAAGAGCGCCGAAGCAAGUGGCACGUACGUUGAGCGUCGAUUUAGAUAUGCCUGCCGUGGCAGCACAACUGACUUGAAUAGUUUGCGUUUAACAUUGGCGAAGGAAGAAACGCGUACAUGCCACGCGGAUGGCAGUUGCCAGCGACACCACGAAGUGUACGGCGGCUCGACAGCAGCAGUUGCCAUACCAGCAGUGUCGGAGGAACGUGAAGAGCAUGGCGAAUGGGGUCCGUGUAGUGCCAGUUGUGGCGGUGGCAUUCAAUAUCGGCUACAUGAUGCCGGCAGUGGUGGCAAGCAUCGGGGACGCCAUGCCACACAGGCACGUGUGUGUAAUAUACAACCUUGCGAAGAAUCUUCCGUGCUACCGGCGGCGAAUCUAAAUGAGGUAGUCCUAGCGCACGAGUGGAGUUGUUGGACGGAUUGGUCACCUUGUUCGGUGACAUGCGGUAUGGGCAUAAAGCGCCGUACGAGGCGUUGCUUAGGUGGACACGAUAAGUUGUGCAAUGGUAGGGCGAUCGAGGAGGAGAAAUGCGCUAUGGCGCCGUGUACUGAUUUCGUUGGUUGGAGCACAUGGAGCGCUUGGUCAGAAUGUACUAGCGAUGGCAUACGCAUUCGACACCGCAAGUGCAUGGUCGAUGUGCCCUCAGCGAACGAGUGUCGUGGUGCCGAAUUCGAGAAGACUGCUUGUGUGCCGAACGAAUAUGAAG